CAGAAGUGUCUGAGACCGUCCUCUGUUCCAACACCUGAGCUGAUCUGGAGUCUGUUCUGUCGUCUCUGUCACGUCUCCUCUCAUUUCACACCUGUGUGAUGUCACAGCACAGCUUGCCCCUCCUCCUUCCGUCGGCUUCACCUGUUUGUUUGUGUAAAGCUGUGAAACCUGAGCUCUGAUGCUGCAGUGAAUAAAAACUUUCCCUGCAGCUGGAAGAGAAACUAAAGUUUCCUCUGAGCGUCAGUAGAUUAUCAGGAGGAGGACAGUGAGCAGUGGCUGUGAACUGAAGUCCUGAAGGAGGUUUUGAAGCCUUAGUCAGUUCAGUAAGAAGCUGAUUGAAGGGGACUUUGUUGGAGUUUUUUCCAGGAAGAUGAAGAUGUUGGUGGUGUUUGUGAUCCUCCUGCACGUGUCCCAGCAUGCCUCAGCUGUGGAGGUGGUGGAGGGGGACCACUUUGUCCUGCUGCCCUGUGAGUUUCCCACCUUUGACGUGGACGAGCCCACAGUGGAGUGGAGCCGCUCCGACCUCAGUCCUUCAACCGUCCACCAGCGUCAGCUGGAAGGUGAUGAACUGACAGAGCAGAACCAGCGUUACAGCGGCCGAACGUCCAUGAAGACUGACGCUCUGGACACUGGAGACCUCAGCCUCAACCUGACAAACCUCCAGCUCUCUGACAGCGCCACCUACACCUGCACUGUCAGAUCAAUUAGACAUGGACAAGAGAGACUGGCAGAUGUACAUCUACAAGUCAAAGAACGAUUUCCAUCCUGGGCCAUAGUUCUCCUGGGUCUCCUGGUUGUUGCUCUUAUUGUUGCUGUGGGUCUUCUGGUACAUUUUCGACACUAUUUCAUGUCAGUCUACAAAGUGGAGGUGGAUUCAGGGGUGGAGUCUGUCCAGCUGCCCUGCAAAACCUUAGUUCACCUGCCUAAAGACCUCAGACUGGAAUGGACGGACAGAGACAACAGGAAGGUCCAUGUGUAUCAGAACGGCUCUGAACAGCCUAAAGAACAGAACCAGGUUUAUGAAGACCGAACAGAGAUGAAGAAAGACCUGCUGAGACCUGGAGACCUCAGUCUGACCCUGAAAUACCCCACAGACAGAGACAGAGGAAGCUACAUCUGCACCAUCUACAGCAGGGAGGGAAACAUCCUGAUGAAGAAACAAGUGGAGCUACAGGUCAAAGUCCAACAGGUGGAGGUGGAUUCAGGGGUGGAGUCUGUCCAGCUGCCCUGCAAAACCUUAGUUCACCUGCCUAAAGACCUCAGACUGGAAUGGAUGGACAGAGACAACAGGAAGGUCCAUGUGUAUCAGAACGGCUCUGACCGACCUGAAGAACAGAACCAGGUUUACAGAGACCGAACAGAGAUGAAUGAAGACCUGCUGAGACCUGGAGACCUCAGUCUGACCCUGAAACACCCCACAGACAAGGACACAGGAAGCUACACCUGCACUGUCAGCAGGGAGGGAAACAUCCUGAUGAAGAAACAAGUGGAGCUACAGGUCAAAGUCCAACAGGUGGAGGUGGAUUCAGGGGUGGAGUCUGUCCAGCUGCCCUUCAGAACCACAGGUGACCUGCCUCAAGACGUCAGAGUGGAGUGGAGGACCAGAUACACUAACAGGAAGGUCCAUGUGUAUCAGAACGGCUCUGACCGACCUGAGGAACAGGAAGAUGAUUACAGAGACCGAACAGAGAUGAAUGAAGACCUGCUGAGAACUGGAGACCUCAGUCUGACCCUGAAACACCCCACAGACAGAGACAUAGGAAGAUACAGCUGUGAAGUCUACAACAAGGAGAUCAGGAGAAGGAAAACAGUGGUGAUUAAAAUCCAAGCUCGGGUGGAGGCCGGUCAGCGCAGAGUGUUGGAUGAAGCCACCAGACAGAGGAGACUGAGCAGACAGCUGGAGGCUCUGGAGAAAGACAACUUCCAGGUCCCAGACCCAGCAGCAGUUCUUUCCUGAUCUCCUGCUGGACUCCCAGCUUUCAGCCAGCAUCCAUUUCAUCAGACUCACAGUGACUCAGCUGUGGACAGAGAUGUUCCUUCUCUACAUCCAGAGAUUGUUCCUCACCACUGAGAAGAGUGUGAAUGGUUAAAGUUAAUGUUGAACGUUUCCUCUCUUCAGUCAGUAAUUAUCAGGUUUCUCUGAGGUUUGGUUUUAUUAUUUAGUUCAUACAAAGAAGAAAAGAAAUUCUGUGGUUUUACUGUGAAAAUGAGCUGAAACAUUUUUCUGUUUAUUGAUUUGUAUUUUUCAUGUUUGUUCAUUUAUGUGAAAUGAUUUGUUCUUUUCUUCAGUGAUUGAUUUUUAUGUUUUCUUUUGUUUAUCUGAAGGAAAAAUGAAUCAACACCAAACAUUAAGAAAUGAUUUAAAUGUAACUUUAAUAUACUGCACAUUAACCCUCUGAAUUUAAGGUUCAGUGAAAACAUUCACUGUAUUAAAUGUUACAUUUGUUUUAGAGGCAGACUGAUACGUCAGCAGGUCAUUUUCACCUGGAUUACAUCACCUGAAUGAUAAUAGGCCACGCCCCCUCAUUACAUAAGCCUGACAGCAGUCAUGUGACCAUGUCUGGUUUUACUACAGUAAACCACUGCGGUCCAGUUGAUCACAGCUGUAUGGUUUCUCUUCAGUGUGAACUCUGACUUUUUUAAAUCUAUUUGACGUCCUCAAACCUUU